CGGGACGCCAUCUUUCUCACAAGUCCCCCCGCCGGCGGAGGCACAAUCCCUUUCUCCCCUUUCCUCUAUACCCCCACCUCCAGGCGAUAGCGUCAAGACCCAGCCGUUCCCCCCGGCGUCCCUGCAUGUGAACGAGGGCAUGCUGGCCUUUGGGCUCAAGAUCGUAUGGUUUACGCUCUCCCUCACCGGCCUUCUGAGCAGCAUCGCUGCGAUUCCUGCGUUCGCACGUUCGCUUAAUGGCUUUCUCAUCCCAGUAUUGUAUGGCGCGACGAAUUGUAUGGUGCAGGGGCUCUUCUGCCUCGGAAUGAUAUGGAAGAUGGACCCGUUUGCGAUGCCUCGGGGUUAUUGUAUAGUGCAAGCCGCGCUCAUGGGCGUAUCAUGGUCUAUCUUGACCGCAAUAACGACUUGUAUGACCAUUGCGACGUCCUUGGCUAUCCUGCGGCCUGCAGGCGGGACGCCCGCAAGCCCAACCUACAUCCUCAGCAACCUGCGAUGGCAUCCAGCAAGCCUUUUCCUUCUCAUCUUCAUCCCGAUGGUCGCUCUUGCCGUGUACCUGGUCCUCGCUCUCAGGUUCGACGCCAUCAAACCGGAAGAUGGGCUAUCUUGCGACGUGACGCUCCCCGUCUGGAUCCGCCUGUUAAGCUAUGCAGGAGUUCCGCUACUCCUCGCUCUACCCUCAUUCCUCCUGACGUGCGCGGCAGCGUUUCGUUUCUACACUCACUCCCCCCGAAACAACCGCUCGUUUAUACGUCCGCACUCCAACCCGAACGAUAAUUUCACCCCAGUCCCCCUCCGUCGACAAUCCAAAUUCAGGUCUUAUAAAACCUGGCACGAGGUCACGGAAGAAUACGUCUCUACCCCCACGGCUGCGUCGCCACCGAUGCAGCGUUUUGAUCAGCGGAGCACAACACCAUCGGGGACUCUCGUCAUCGAGGCUAUACCCUCUCCGCCGUCUUCGCUUUCUUCAGCCGGAGCUCAUCUUGUCGCUGGCCGUGUCCCUACCAGCCCCGGGCUUGCUAGGUCCAGCACGCGGUAUCAUCUGCCCUUCCAGUGGAGACCUCCAAGCAUUCCUCUCACCGAGCGGUCCCACGAAUCUCCGGAUAACAACAGCCGACACACGCCGUCUCCCCUGGUGUUUGCGAAUAUCUCAGACGACGCCCAGCAGCCUCACAAGAUGACCGUGUCCGUGACCUCGGAAAUGGGCCACGGUUUGUACGACGCGGCCCCCUGGCUGAAGGACGAGAAGGCGUACAUACGACAACUAGAGCGAGUGCGAGCCUGGAAGAACGAGCUCCACUACGACGAUGACGACAUUCACGACGCUACUAGCGGCGAGCUGCAGUGGACGAGGCCCUCAGACGACUCUUCCUCCAUCGCGAAGUCCGAACUCGAGUUCGCGCGGACGCCGCAGCGCGAGGACUUCGACGAGACGACGCGGAGGCCGUCGCCCGCAGAUCCUUCGACCUAUGACGCCGGGCUCUCCGACCCCCCAAUACCCCUUCAUCUCACCUUCACAGUCUGGCGCAUCCUGUUCUUCCAGCUGUUCUCGUCCGUGACCCAGAUCCUCGCCACCGUCACCUCGCUCGUGGACAUGUUCGCGCAGCACAAUCCUCCCGCGGCGUUCGGGACGCAGCAUAUUGCGCUGCUUUUAGCCGCGUGGGCUCCUCCGAUCGCGUUUGGUAUCAUUCCCUGGCGGCGCAAACCCUUCUAGUACCGCAAACCCUUCGGACACCCAAGUUUUAGUCUUUUAAACAGUCGAUAACCCCCUUUCCUUGCUUCCUUUCUCCGUUCUCUGGCUUCCCUCUACUACGUUGUAACACUCCCUCGCUGUCCCAGUCUCCUGACUAAUACCCUAUGUAACAGUAAUGUGCUUCUACACCACACACGUGUUCUGCGUAAUCACAACUCCCUC